AUGGCGACCGAGGAUGCGCGAUACCGACUCUCGACGCAGUACCGACUGUGGUCCUUCUCCCCCACCAAGCUUGCCGAGCUGCGGGAAACGACGAACUCGCUUGCGAAAACAAACAUCACCAGCCGCCUCCUCGAGUUGAGAGGUGGCAACCAGGAUGAGCCUCUGCCGGACUUCCUGACCGCUGCCGAAGAGACGCAGCUCCUCAAGUUUUUCACCGUCGAGCUCAUUCGUGCUGCCAUGUUUUGUGGUCUCCCCACCGAAGUCAGAGCCACUGCCACCGUCUUCCUGCGCCGAUUCUUCAUUACCAACUCCGUCAUGACCUACCCGCCGACCGAGCUACUCAAGACGUGCCUGUUCUUCGGAAGCAAGGCUGAAGGAUUAUAUACGCGACUGGCAAAAUUCGCAGACAAAUUCCCCAACACGACCGAGGAGGAGAUCCUGGCCGGAGAGUUCUUGCUCUGUCAAGGAGUGCGCUUCGCUUUCGAUGUUAGGCAUCCAUUCCGAGCCUUGGAGGGAGCCAUACUUGAGUUGCGUCGCCACGCCGAUCUGGAGAAACCUCGAAUCGACUCCGCGCACAUCAAAGCCCGAGAAGUCCUGAAGUUCAGCUCGCUCGUUACCGAUGCCUACUUCCACUAUACCCCCAGCCAGAUCAUGCUGGCCGCUCUCUCCCUAGCCGACCGAGGACUGACCGAGAGACUUGUACAAGGCGCCUUCGCACCGCCGCAGGGCGAACAGGCACAAGGAACGGAUGGCACUCCGCGAUCGGAUCUUCGGGACAAGGUGAUGGGAACAAUAGAGUCGUGCCGAGAAUUGUUGGCAACAGAGCCUCCGGAGAGACUCGAGGAAUACUGGGGAACGCCGGAGAGCACCAAGCUGAUCAAACCGCUCCUACGAAAGCUGAGGAAGUGCAGAGAUCCCGAUAGGGCAGAUCUCGUGGCGCUGCAGAAGGCCCGGCGGGAACUGGCAGCUCAAAAGGAGCCACGUCGGCAGAAGGCCGAGGGGGACGGCGUCGCGGUCGGCGGGGACAGCGGAGUAGCCGGCGGGAACGAGGCGCGUGAGGCUAAGCGCAGGAAAGUGGCUGAAGGCGACGAUGUCUUUGGCCCAGCAUUGGGCUAG